CAUGACCGCGCCAGCAUAACACAAGACCAUUGUAAGGCCCAUGAUACCAAAUAACUGAUAACAGUUGCUACCAGCUGAGUUGUGUAUAUGAUUGUCAUUGUUACCAAACAUCCCUGUAAUGCGAGCAUCGUAACAGGAGUCCCCGUGAGUUCCUUUCUCAAGUCGUUUCGUAGCGAAGAGAAGGAGAAACCUUUAGAUCUGACAGUGACAUUCCGUAAUUUUUUAGUCUUUGUUUCGUAAAUAAAAUACAAAUCUUAUUUUUUUUUCUACAUUGUGUAUUUUUUUCUUUCUAUUAGUACACGGAUUAUCAAGUAUACAUAAUAUCGAUGGAAACUUUAUACAAUAAAAAACGUUGGAUUAAAACAAGAGAUUAGCGUUUUGGAGUAAAAAUAGGAGAGCUCGAGGUCCAAUGGUGCGAUGUGUUAGCUGUUCAACGGACCAUUAGUCUCCUAUUCCCCAACUUCCAUAAUCUCCCUCCUUCGCAUCUUCACCCUCCAUUUUCAACCUAUAUCCUUACGAUCUCGACACCUGACGUUUUUGUUGAUUCACACACGUAUGUCACAAUUCUCAAUUCUCAUAUUUUCACAAUUCCCAAUAUUUUCACAGUUCUCUAAAUAUUAGUCCCACGAAUGUAGCUUUUGAUGCAUUAAUACAAAGUCUUAAUAUUCUUUUAAACAUCUUUACUCAUCGAUUAUUCUCUGAAAAAUGUGUCCUCUGUUUCUCCCUUCUUCGUCUUCCUCCUCUGCUCUGUUUCUACUUCUUCUCCUCCUCCUCACUCUCCAAACCCUAACCUCCAUCACUCUCUCACAGCCCGAAGCUCUCCCUUCACUAGAAAAGUGCGGAAACUUCUCAAUCUCUUUCCCUUUCCACCUCUCUUCCUCCUCCUCCUCCUCCCCCGUUGCUUUUCGACUUACUUGCGCAAACUCAUCAACUCUGUUUCUCCACAUAAACCACCAAACCUACCGAGUCAUCGAGUUCUUCACAGACGGUCUCCUCGUAGACUUCCCUUCCUCUCCGUGUCGCCAAUUCAACGAUUUACGCUCUUUCCCUUUCUCCACGAACCAAUUCUUCUCCAUCUCCUUCGAAAACGUUAUCAGUCUUUACGACUGUGAAGACUCCUCCCUCUGCAAAGCCGGUUGCGAAAGCAACGUUCUCUUCGGUUGCGACGGCAGAGAGGAAGAUGAAACCUCCGGUGGUGGGGAUAUAGGAUGUUGCUAUCCUUUGUCUGAUCACAGCGCGUGGCGUCCCGGUGAUGACUUCUCUGUUUUUGGUAAAUAUGGAUGCAGAGGAUUCUCUUCGUGGGUUGUUCCCAGAGGCACGAACAGAGGCAAACGAGGCGUUAAGUUAGAGUGGGCGAUUCCUAGAAACUCCUCAGAGGGUACUUGCGACCCUGAGGCUCGAACUGUUAAUGCUACGGCCAUUCAAGGAAGUGUUAGAUGUGUGUGCCGAGAUGGGUUUGCUGGCGACGGUUUCGUCCAUGGAAACGGUUGCUUGAGAUCUUGCUACAGAGACGGUAAUGAAGUAUAUGGAAACAAAUGCGAAAUCAAGAAACACAACGGGAAGAAACUAACCGUUUUAGCUGGAGUUUUAGCUCCUCUGUUCAUACUGGGCUCACUCUUAGCACUUUUCUGUCUCCUAAAACGUCCCGUAACAACAACUCACGAAGGCCAACACUUCGACCACUCUCCGACAACAACUACUACGAGUGUUUCGUUUCGCAAAGGUUACACCAAGACUCGUCUCUUCACAUACCGUGAGCUAGAAGAAGCAACAAAAGGGUUUCAAGAUUCACAAAAACUCACACAAGGCAAAACCGGAACUAUCUACUCAGGUAACCUAAAAAACGGAACACGUGUGCUCGUCCACAAGGUUCUCUGUGAAAACCAGAUUGAGUUCUUGGAGAUUUCGUCUCAGAUCGAUCAUCUAUCCGCGGUUUUGCAUAGAAACCUCGCGAGAAUCAUAGGUUUCUGUAUGGAUAUUGGAUAUAAUCCGGUCGUUGUUUACGAGUAUCCGGUUAACGGGUCGCUUGAGGAUCGGUUGCGUCUAGGCCUUGACUGGUGCAAGAGAGUUAACAUUGUAGCUGAAGUGGCUGGUUUACUUGCUUUGCUUCAAUACGAGAACUAUCCACCGAUCUUACACAACAACAUUGGUUCUGGUUACAUCUUCUUAGACGAAGACUUUCAAGCUAAGGUCACAGGUUUUGGAUUACAGAGGAAACAGAGGACGGAUAGUUGUAUGUACGAUGUCGCGGUUUUGCUUCUGGAGAUAGUGACUGGAUCGAAACAGAGAGAAGAGAACGUGACUCAAGCGUUGCAAAGGAUUAGAUGCGGUAAGCUUGAAGAGAUCGUGGAUCCUUCUUUGUAUUUUCAUGAGCAGCCAGUGGUUUAUAGAGAGCAGAUUGGUUUAGUUGCUGAUCUUGCGACUCGGUGCGUUUUGUUUGGUGGUGAUGGGAAGUUUGGGAUGGUUGAUGCGGCUAGAGAGCUGUUGCAGAUCGCUGAAAAUAACGGUGGAGGCGGUUGUGAUAAGAAAGGAGAUGGAAUUGAGGAAACGUUUUCCAAUUCGAGUUUGCUUCAGAUGAUUUCUAUGUCUCCUGAUUCAAUCUAUCUCCCUAAGACUUGAGGAAAGAAAACAGAGGUCAUUAAGGGUUUUUAUUUUUUGUUUUGUUUUGAAUGUAUGAAACGUAAACAUGCACGGUACGCUUUACUUGGGAGUAAAGAAACGUUUUUCUAAUUAAUAGAUCGUGACUGCGAUUGGUAGUCAUGAUUAUAACAACGUGCGUGCAUGCAACGAGAAAGAAGAAUAAAUAAAGAAGGUAAAAACCCCAUAUGUGAAUCGAAAGUAAGAUUGUACUAAAAUCUAUUUUUCUCUGGUUACUACUCUCUUAAAACUUAAAAGAAGAAAAAAUCCUAACUAAAGGGAAAAAAGAGAUCUUAAGGAAAGAUCUCUGUACAUUUCACUACAGAACAGUGAACAUAUAAAGGAUUAUUGGCAAAUAGUGUGUGUGGUGUGGAUCCAAAUGAGAAAGCGACUAAACGUGAGUAGCACAUAUAUAGAUAGAGAAUGGGCUUUUCCAUUUAUCAUCUAUAUCGUAUUUAUUUGGGCCUCACUUUUUUUUACAAGGACCACACUGUAGUCCCCUCCAUUUCCUCUCUCUUAAAAUGCAAUCAAAUAAAUGAGGAACUUAAUUUGUAAAAUUUGGUUAUGCGUACUUGUGUAUAUAUGUAAGUUUAUCCAAAAUAUAUAAAAAUAGAAAUGCAGAAAUAGGUGCAUAUAUAUAGUUAUUUAUCAAGAUUUAAGUGUGCGAACAGUAAAUAUGAUGAAUGAAUAAAUGUGUAUAUAGGUGCAUAUAUACAGUUAUUUAUCAGCAGCUACUGGUCUUUAUUUAUCCACAGAGUCAAUACACUAAUAUUAUAAUAUACGAAAGUUUAAUGAUAAUA